AUGGACGGCUUUGACUUGCUGAUCAUCAAUGGCUUGGUCGUGACGGCAUCUGAUACAGCCAACUAUGACAUCGCUAUCAAAGAUGGAAAGAUCGCUCUACUCGCACCUCCUGGGUUGCUUGGAGCAAGCAAUGCUAAGCGGGUGAUUGAUGCUGAAGGUGGUUAUGUGAUGCCCGGUGGGAUCGAUUGCCAUGUUCACCUCGAAGAGCCUGCACUAUUUGGAGGCAAAGGAAGGAGCUCGGAUAAUUUUGAGUCUGGGACGAGAAGUGGUAUUUGUGGAGGAACAACCACCAUUGUAGCCUUUGCGCCACAACCGAAAACGAGCCCCUCUCUCCUCCAAGUCCUCGAAGAUACGCACGCCCGAGCAGAAGGGAAAUGCUAUACCGAUUACUCCUUCCAUAUGCUCGUAGGUCACCCGGGCGAGCAAGCCUUGUCAGAGUUUCCCCGGCUUCGGGAGUUGGGCAUAUCAUCCUUGAAGAUAUACAUGACAUAUGAGGCACUGCAACUGCGCGAUGACGAGAUCCUGGACGUGCUACUGGCAUCGAGGAAGGAGGGUAUCACUACUAUGAUCCACGCCGAGAAUGGUGAUGUGCUGAACUGGAUGACGAAGAAGCUGGAGGAACGAAAACUGUUUGCGCCCAAAUAUCACGCUACGUCACGGCCACAGAUUGUCGAGACGGAAGCCACUAAUCGUGCGAUUUCUUUGGCUGAGUUGAUUGAUGCGCCAAUUCUUGUGGUGCACGUCUCGUCGCCGAGCGCAGCAGCUCAUCUUCGCAAUGCUCAAACUCGAGGUCUCCCGGUCUACGCCGAAACUUGCCCACAGUAUCUAUUUUUGACACGCGAAGAUCUCGACAAGCCGGAUUUUCAAGGAGCGAAAUGCGUAUGUUCGCCUCCACCGCGAGAAUCGUCUAACGACCACGAUGCAAUUUGGCUCGGCCUUGCCAACGGCACUUUCACCGUCCUUUCCUCUGACCAUUGCCCUUUCAUGUACGAGGAUGUUGAGAAAGGGAAGAAAAGCAUCAUCAGUGAAGAAUAUCCCGAGGGACGCUUCAGUGGCAUUCCGAAUGGGAUUCCGGGCAUCGAAACCCGGCUGGCGCUCACAUUGAGUGCGAACAGACUGCCGCUUCAGAAGUUCGUUGAGGUUACAAGUACGAAUGCUGCACGCUUGUACGGCCUCUACCCGCAGAAGGGUACGAUCCUGCCGGGAGUCAGUGACGCGGAUCUCAAUAUCUGGUAUCCUCCUGGGAAACUGGAGCCGUUCAAGCUAACAAACUCGAUGCUACAUCAUAACGUGGACUACACACCAUUCGAGGGGAAUGAGCUGAAUCAGUGGCCGAGGUACACCAUUCUACGGGGUGAGGUGGUCUGGGACAGGGAUGGUGGAGGUCUUCUGGGUGAGAAAGGCUACGGAAAGUUUGUGCAGCGUGGGAAGAGUACGCUGCCGGGACCGAAACGAGAAGGUGAUUGGGAUGUGAGUAUUUAUUGA